AGUCUGGUGGCACCUUAAAGACUAACAGAUUUAUUUGGGCAUAAGCUUUCGUGAGUAAAAACCUCACUUCUUCGGAUGCAUAGAGUCAGCUCAGCAUGGCGCUAACUCACCUUCUGCCUCUGCUGGCCUCUCUCCAGAUGCUCCCCAGGCCGGUGUCCCCUCAAGCCCCCCUCCCGGCUCCCCAGCUCACCGUGUCCCCACAGCAGCCUGUCUACGUAACUGGAGAAGCUGUGACCCUGACGUGCUCAGCUGGGGUGUCCACCGUGUCCAGGGUCCGGUUCUUCAGGGACGGUUACAAAAUCCACUCCAAGGAAUUCCCCUCACCCCGGUACAGUUACUCUGAGUUGAUUCGACUGUCGGGGGUGUCUGCAUUGCGAGCUGGAAAGUACAGCUGUGAAUCCUGGAAGACAGUGUCUGGGCGAGAAAUUGAAUCAAAGAGGAGCCAACCCAUCUCCAUAGCAGUGACAGUGAGUGAAGGACUCCCGCUGCUCAUCAUCUGCAUGGUCUCCAGAGAUGCCAGAGAGUGGAGAUUUCACUUCUACAAGGACGGAGUCGAGAUCGUCCCCGGGGACAUGGGGUCUGAGAUCAACGCCAUGGAGCCUGGCACCGGCUCUGUGAAUGUCUCUGUGCUCAGCAUCCCACAGGCUGGUCCCAACAACACCGGGGAAUUCACCUGCGGGUACGAGGAGAAUCCUCAGCUUGCUCGCUCCGCCGCCACCGGCACCAUGCUCUGGGUGGUGGGGCUGUGA